AUGUAUUCUUUACAAACCUUUCUGGCCGCCGUCUCAUUGACGGUGUCAGUCGUUGAGGCUCAAGCAUCGUUAAACGUUGAGCAGUCGACGGGUUUCAACUCUAGCUUUGCUCUGUCAAGCUCACAGAUAGAGUCCGCAAAUCUGUCGUCAACAGCAGCCACUAACAUAAACAUCGCUAUUAACUUCGACCGCUCCCAACUCGCCAAUGGAGGCCCUGCGGAGGACAGCUUCUACGAGCUCCCACCACUUUCCGGAACGCCAAUACCCGGUACUCUUCUCAAGGUCCAAGAGUUCACGAAUGCGUCGUCUUUUGUUAUCCCCCCUAACACAGCACUCUCGCGUAUUCUCUACACAACUUCAAACCUCAACGGAACCGUUAUCCCAGCCUCAGCUUUUAUCCUCUGGCCCUUCACGCCUAAGAAGUUCCAAACAGGAGAUGGAAACGAGUCUACUAAAGCACCUGCUGUCCUCUGGACACACGGCACAGAGGGUUUCUUCGCCUCAGCCGGUCCUUCGACACAUAGGGCGCUUUGGUAUGGCAGCGAGGCACCCUUUACCCUGGCCCUUGCAGGUUAUGCCGUGGUGGCGCCCGACUACGCUGGUCUUGGUAUCCACAAGUCCUGGGAUGGUAGCGAGAUCCCCCACCAGUAUCUGAUAUCACAGACAUCCGGACACGAUGCUCUCUACGCCUUGCAAGCCUCCUUAGAGGCUUUCUCUGACAUUUUGGACGAACGUUUUGCGGUUAUAGGCCACAGCCAGGGCGGUGGCGUCGCAUGGGGUGUUGCCGAAGUGCUUGCGGCUAAGGGAGAUAAUGAAUUCAAGGGGCUUGUAGAUGGGUAUCUCGGUACAAUCGCCGUGAGCCCUACUACAGACGCGUUCGUCGGCGAAAUUGGAUUCAUAUUACCGUGGAUUGGAAUGAUACUACCCAGCAUCUUCCUCGACUUCGACCUUAGCACGUGGCUAACUCCGUUGGGCAUCGCGCGAACGAAACUCUUACAGGAAGUCGAGGGCGGAAUAGGCGUUUCCACACAGCUUUUCUUAUCGGGUGAUAAUAUCAUCCAGGAUGGCUACGACAAGACCUGGUACGUUGAUGCGUACGGCAAAUUGGCAAAUGCGGGGCGGAAAGCCUUCAAAGGCCCGCUUCUUGUUAUCCAUGGCACGGAAGACUAUUAUAUCCCUGAAAAUGCUACGGCUGCAACUGUUCAGGCUACCUGCGAAGCCAUCCCCGAUGGAGAUCUGGAAUAUUUAGUUGUUAAUGGGACGUGGCACGUACCUACUCUUGAUGCCACAAGACAGAUCUGGCUUAAGUGGAUUGAAGAUCGGUUUGAGGGCCGAGCACUAGAGAAGACUGGUUGUGUCAAGUCCAGGUUGGAGAGUUUCCUGCCUCUGGACCGUUACCAGGCUACGGGAAAUUCUUUCCCUCAAUUUGCUGGUUUGCCGGAAUUUAGCUACCAAGUGCCUCUAGGACUUUGA